UGCGGGUCUUAUCAUCUUCAUUCCUUCCUUAUACUAUUAUUGUGCAAUAUAUCUGUGGGUUUGUAACUUGCGUAGCCUAUUAAUUAGAAAACUGUGAGCUUAAAACAUAAAGAAGAACACAAAACUCUUUGUGUCUUCUCAUCUCUCUCACUGUGUUUUUAUAAUUAAGCUCUAAUGGCGAAUCAGGUAAAAGAGAGGACUUUAGAGCAGACCUCUACGUGGGCAGUCGCUGUGGUUUGCUUCGUCUUACUACUCAUUUCCAUUGUCCUUGAACAUUCCAUUCACAAAAUUGGAGCUUGGUUUAAACAGAAGCACAAGAAGGCUCUCUAUGAAGCUCUUGAAAAGAUCAAAGCAGAGCUUAUGCUCAUGGGGUUCAUAUCACUACUCUUAACAAUCGGACAAACACCGAUCUCAAACAUCUGCAUCUCCCAAAGCGUUGCGUCAACAAUGCACCCUUGCAGCGCCGCUGAUGAAGCUAAAAAAUACGGCAAAAAGGUUCCCGCUAAACAAGAAGACGAUGGUGAAGAUAAAUCCGGUCAUAGAAGACUUCUCCUUGAGGUAGCUGAGUCUUACAUCCAUAGACGAAGUUUAGCCACCAAAGGUUAUGACAAAUGCGCUGAGAAGGGGAAAGUGGCUUUUGUAUCUGCUUAUGGUAUCCACCAGCUUCAUAUAUUCAUUUUCAUCCUCGCGGUGGUUCAUGUAAUCUACUGCAUUGUUACUUAUGCUCUCGGAAAGACCAAGACUAGAAGGUGGAAGCACUGGGAGAAUGAGACCAAGACAAUAGAAUUUCACUAUUCCAACGAUCCUGAGAGGUUCAGGUUUGCGAGAGACACAUCUUUCGGGAGAAGACAUCUCAAUUUCUGGAGCAAGACAAGAGUGACGCUAUGGACUGUGUGUUUUUUCAGACAGUUCUUUGGAUCUGUCACCAAAGUUGAUUACAUGGCUUUGCGGCACGGUUUCAUCAUGGCGCAUUUGGCUCCAGGGAGUGAAAGGACAUUCGAUUUCCGCAAGUAUAUUCAGAAAACAGUAGAAGAAGACUUCAAAACUGUAGUCGAAAUCAGUCCGGUUAUCUGGUUUGUCGCCGUGCUAUUCCUCUUGACCAACACAAACGGAUUACAUUCUUUCCUCUGGUUACCAUUCAUUCCACUAGCCGUGAUUCUAAUAGUUGGAACAAAGCUUCAAGUCAUUAUAACCAAACUGUGUCUAAGAAUCCAAGAGAAAGGUGAUGUGGUGAGAGGUGCCCCUGUGGUUCAGCCUGGUGAUGAUCUCUUCUGGUUUGGCCGCCCUCGGUUCAUCCUUUUCCUUAUCCACUUGGUUCUUUUCACGAAUGCAUUUCAGCUUGCCUUCUUUGCCUGGAGUACGUAUGAAUUCACUCUCAGGAAUUGUUUCUAUGAAAACGAUGCAGAUGUGAUCAUCAGAAUUGUAGUUGGAGUUGUUGUACAGAUACUUUGCAGCUAUGUGACUCUUCCACUCUAUGCUCUUGUCACUCAGAUGGGUUCUACCAUGAGGCCAACGGUGUUCAACGAAAGAGUAGCCACAGCGAUAAAGACAUGGCAUCAUACAGCAAAGAAGCACACAAAACACGGAAAACACACCGAAUCAAACACACCUUACACUAGCCGUCCAACUACACCAACUCAUGGCUCAUCUACAAUGCAUACUCUUAAUAACCGAAGCGUUGAGACUUUCCCGAGUUCUCCUUCUCCUAGAUACUCUGAUCAUCAUGACCACCACCAGUUUUGGGAUCCUGAGUCUCAACAACAAGAAGCUGGACCUUCCACACAUCAUUCUCUUGCGCACGAAAGCUCGGAAAAGACACCUGUUCUUGCGUCCGUGGAACUUCCUCCUAUACGGACUACCAAAAGGUCAAGAGAUUUUUCCUUUAAGAGGUAGAUGAUUGUUGAAAUUUACAUAUGUUAUACAUUAUUACAUGUAUGAGACCUGCACCAUCUAUUUAGAUAGAUGAUUACAUUCA